CCUUCUCUUUCCACUAAGGACUAAUUAGGGAAGUAGGCUUGACGAAUAAACUCACCAUUUAUGAAGAAGGAACCACUGACCUGAUAGAAACUGAACUCUCAACACCAGGUGUGGAAUUGCUAGAGUUCUGGAGAAGAUGCUGGUGCUCAGCUGUUCUACCAAAUUGCUGAUCCUGGAAAAAAUGUUGAAGAGUUACUUCCCUGAAUCACUCAAGGUUUAUGGAGCAGUGAUGAACAUGAAUCGUGGGAAUCCCUUUCAGAAGGAGGUGGUGGUGGAUUCGUGGCCAGACUUCAAAGCUGUUAUCACCCGGCGACAGAAAGAGGCUGAGACAGAUAACCUGGACCAUUAUUCUAAUGCCUAUGCUGUGUUCUACAAGGAUGUCAGGGCUUACCAACGCCUGUUGGAAGAACACGAUGUUAUCAACUGGGAUCAAGUUCUUCAAAUACAAGGGCUGCAGAGUGAGUUACAUGAUGUUUCCAAAGCUGUUGCCAACUCAAAGCAGUUAGGUGUAAAGUUCACUUCCUUCAAGGCUGUUCAAUUUUUCCCUCAUCCACUUCUGCCGGACACCAGUUCUCUAAAGGGCUCUGUCCCACAACUAACUUACCUGAGUGUUGCUGAUGCUGAUCUGCUCAACCGGACUUGGUCUAGGGGCGGCAAUGAACAGUGUCUCCGGUAUAUCACGAAACUCAUCUCUUGCUUCCCCAGUGUAUGUGUCCGGGAUGAUAAGGGAAACCCGAUCUCUUGGUCUCUUACAGACCAGUUUGCCACCAUGUGCCAUGGCUAUACCCUGCCAGAGCAUCGCAGAAAAGGUUACAGCAAGCUGGUGGCCCUCACACUGGCCAGGAAAUUGCAAAGCCGGGGAUUCCCCUGUCAGGGCAACGUCCUAGAUGACAACACAGCAUCCAUAAGCCUCCUGAAGAACCUCCGGGCUGAGUUCUUGCCCUGUCGCUUUCAUAGGCUUAUUCUCACCCCUGCAGCUUUCUCUGGCUAAGUUUACCUCUAGCCCAUUGGAACUCCAAGAAUUUUCUUCUUUUCCCUGAAUAUACAUACACUUCUUAGCUGGCAACGAAGGGAAUUUUCCAACUGGAACCAGAAGAAUUGAAAAGGGCCCGGAGAAGACACGCAGCAUCAACCUGAGAAGCCUGCCUUCUCCCUGCAUCAGGGUUCUACAGGAAAUAACCGGGGAUCAGAGACAGCAACGGCUGACAGGAGGAUGAUUAUCUUCCUUCGGGAUGUACUGCAGGAAAAAGGUUCUAAAGCCAGCAGUUCUCAGCCCAAUUAUAGAAAUGACUGCAUGAGAACAGUGUCUUAACACAGGAGCAUGUGGCUCCUGCUUCCUUAUUGCUGCCUGGGUUUCUGCUCUGGGUGGUCACAGCCAUACCAGCUCCCCACUACCGUAAAUAACACACCCCAGCCUGCUGCGAUGUCUCUCUAAACUCUUCCUACCACUUCUGAUCCAGCUUUUCUGUAGAAUACCCUGCUUUUUCUCCUUUAAUGACUGGUUUCCACCUCUGCUUACAACUCAAGCCUAUCGCCUUUCCUGGAGAAUGUUCCAGUGAAGUGUUUCUCACAUUUUCGUUCACUUCUGAAUCACCUGGGAUGCAGAUUGCAACACAGACUGUGGAGCCUCUUUCCCCACAGCCCCUGAUUCAGUAAGUCUGCGGUAGGGCCUGAGAAUUGGCAUUUCUAAAAAGUACCUACUGCUCAGUGGUCAUGGAUGGAAGAAAGAAGAUACAGGCAUUUUAAAUGCUAGGAACAGAUGGUGUCAGCAUAGGAUUGGACCUUAGCUAUCACCUAUUCCAGCUUCCUUGUUUAUAAUCUGCUUUCUCAUUCACAUUUUCUCAUGCACAGCUAUAAUAGGUGUGAAUGUGGGUAUGCAGAUGCACACAUAAACGUACUAUCAUAGAUGCAUUAAUACAUAUAUACAUUUGCUUCAUAUUUUAUAUAUGUGUAUGUAUAAACUCAGAAUUCUGCUAAGAUAAUAAACUUUAAUUCAUUGCAUAUGAAAACUUGAAGGCUCAGGGAAAAUAAAUGACUUUUUAAAGAUAAUACAAUCAGUGUUAGACAUCCAGCCAGUAUGCUGUCAUUUUGAUUUCAAUCUUUUUUUUUUUUUUUUUUUUUGGUUACUAUAUCAUGUAUCUUUUCUGUAAAGGAAAUUAAAUGCCUAAAUAAUUAAAUAAAUAUUUUCAUCAGCAUUUUA